GGGAAAUAGAAGCAGGGCUCUUGGCACACUGGAGGGGGAGUUUUACAUUCAAUUAGCAGUCAGAGAAAGUUAUUCUUGAUGUGUUGAAGUGAUACUUUUGGAAGAAGAGUUAGUUUAGGUGGUUAAACUGACUUUAAAUCAGCCGCGGCCGUGCGUAAAAGUUUGGAUAAUGUUCCGGUGCUGCUUUUUGGUGCUUGUGGGCGCGGUGGUGGUGAGCGCCCAGUUCCCCCGACAGUGUGUGACACCCGAAGCACUCAGGAGCGGAACCUGCUGUCCGUCGCCCAUUGGACUCACGAAUGACCCGUGCGGUGCCAGCUCCGGGCGCGGACAGUGCGUGCUAAUCUCCGUGGACGCGAGCCCCCACGGCCCUCAGUACCCGCACGACGGACAGGAUGAUCGAGAACUGUGGCCCAUCCGAUUCUUCAACCGAACCUGUCAGUGCAACAACAACUUCGGCGGGUUUAGCUGCGGCCGAUGCAAAACCGGAUGGACGGGGAUCAACUGUGACGAGAGGGUUUCUGUUGUAAGAAGAAACGUGAUGGUUCUCAGCCCGGAGGAGAAGCGUGCGUUCGUUGACGCGCUGGACCAGGCCAAACGCACAGUGCACCCUGAGAUUGUGAUCACCACGAGGCGCUAUCCUGAGAUCUUCGGGCCCGAAGGGAACACGAUGUUUGAGAACAUCACCAUCUACAAUUAUUUCGUGUGGUCCCACUACUUCUCGGUCAGCAAGACGUUCCUGGGCGCUGGACAGCCUAGCUUCGGGGGUGUGGACUUCUCUCACGAGGGGCCAGGUUUUCUCACCUGGCACAGGUAUCACCUGUUGCAGCUGGAGCGAGACAUGCAGUCCAUGCUACAAAACCCGUCAUUUGCCCUGCCCUACUGGAACUUUGCCAUCGGCGGCAACACAUGUGACAUCUGCACAGAUGACCUGAUGGGCGCCAGGAGCAGCUUCGACAUGAAUUCCCUGAGCCCCAACUCGAUCUUCUCCCAGUGGAGGGUGGUCUGUGAGAGUGUAGAGGACUAUGAUACACUGGGAACCAUCUGCAACAGCUCUGAGACUAAUCCUAUCAGAAGGAACCCAGCAGGAAAUGUUGACAGGCCGAUGGUGCAGCGUCUCCCAGAGCCCAAAGACGUGGAGGAAUGUCUGCAGGUUACAACUUUUGACACACCACCCUACUACUCCACCUCCUCCGAAAGCUUCAGAAAUGCAAUUGAAGGUUACAGCACCCCCCAGGGGAAAUACGACCCAGUGGUGAGGACCCUCCACAACCUGGCUCAUCUGUUCCUGAACGGGACUGGAGGAACAACUCACCUCUCACCCAAUGACCCCAUCUUUGUCCUUCUGCACACCUUUACUGACGCCAUAUUUGAUGAAUGGUUAAGGAGACAUGCUCCAGAUAUGUCUGUGUUUCCUGGAGAGAUGGCCCCCAUUGGUCAUAACAGGGGCUACAACAUGGUGCCUUUCUGGCCGCCAGUGACUAACGCUGAGAUGUUUCUGACCGCCCCUGAUAAUCUUGGUUACACUUACGAAGCUCAAUGGCCAGCCCAAGCUUACACCCUGACUGAAAUCAUCACCAUGGCAAUAGUUGCUGCCCUUGUGGUUGUUGCUGUCAUUUUCGCCGCCACCACAUGUGCCUUGCGUGCCAGGUCUUACAAGAUGGAUGGCCACCAGCCCCUGCUCGGGGAUCAGUACCAGCGCUACGAUGACAAAAAUAGCCAAUCAGUAGUAUAACAGCUACAUGCCUCUUCUCUCAACUUUUAUAAUAACAAAACAUGAAGUUUGUUUGUUUAACCUGAAUCUGUUUUCACUGGUGAGCAAGAGUAGAAUAUUGAAUGCUACAUUGUGAUAGGAAGUGAUCUUCUUACUUCAUUCAUGUCCAUAUUUCAAAAGCUGAUGUAGUCCAUUUAUCCUAUCAAAUAGUACAGAUGUAAACAAUUCAAACACUGAUUGAAGAUGCAUUUUUGUAAUUGAACCAGUAAAAUAUUUGCAUUAGCUAAGUUAAGCACUUGUUUUUUUUUUUAAUUUUGAGAUUUAAAAAAAAAAUUGGAAAUGUAAAAUGUGUUCAAAUAAAGCGCACAUGGACAAUCAA